UGAGGCUUCAUGUCCCCGGCAGGCUGCUGGCGAUGUUUACCUGCUGAAGCCUGGAGUCACAGCAGGGAGGCUGAUGCUAAUGCUAAUGCUAAAACAACAUGGCUGCCCUUGGGGGAAACAGCCGGUUAUAAUUUAUAAUUCAUUAUUUUCAGAAAAUUAAAUUCGAUUUAUUAAACUGUUGAAUGGGUUUAUUAGUUAUGAAAGGUGCUGACAGUCUACCGGGAGUGUGACAGCUUGACUCUGCCGGAUGCCAGACUCCGCUGAAAAAAUCAGAAACGUCCUGAUCAGUCUGCAGCAUGGCGGUGCAGGUGACCGAGUCUGAUCAGAUCAAACAGUUUAAAGACUUCCUGGGGACGUACAACAAGCUGACAGAGAGCUGCUUCAUGGACUGUGUGAAGGAUUUCACCAGCAGGGAGGUGAAGCAGGAGGAGGGCAGCUGUGCUGAGUCAUGCCUGCAGAAAUACCUGAAGAUGACUCAGCGGAUCUCCAUGCGGUUUCAGGAGUAUCACAUCCAGCAGAACGAAGCUCUGGCAGCCAAAGCCGGCCUGCUGGGCCAGCCGCGCUGAGCCGGACCGGACCGGACCGGUCUGAACCGGUCUGAGGCAGACUGGACCCUCGAGACAGUCAGAGCUGAUCUGUGGUCAGAUCAUCUCAGCCUGACGAGCAGGACUCAAAUCAAAUUUGAGGAGAUCUUUUCCAACAUCUGUUGAACUCAAUGAACCUGCUGCAUCGAGAGCUGGUGACAUCACGCUGCUCCUCCUCCUCCUCCUCCUCCUCCUCCUCCUCCUCCUCCUGCUGCGGACCAGAGGAGGAAGAGGAGGAUGAGGAUGGCAGCAGCCUGGAUCUCUACAUGAUUUCAAACCUGCUCUGAUUUCCUGCCGUGUGAUUUUCUGAUUUCACUGCAACAUGAAACGUCUCAGCUGUCUGGCUCUUCUUCAUGUGUUCAGACACACUGAGACCACGUGUGUGUGUGUGUGUGUGUGUGUGUGUGUGUGUGUGUGUGUGUAGAGGCAGUUUGAUGUUUGUGAAGUCUGAAUCUCCUGCUGGUUUAUUAAAGCUGUUGCAGUUCGG